AUGUGUAUUUUUUUUCUCUCGUGGUAUUUCCCCCGCGCUGCAAAACUGGAGAAGUUGUGCUUUCGAGGACAAAGAAAAGCGAGAGUUGACGUUGAAUACAGAAACGAAAAUUGUCACCAUCAAAAACAUUUAAAAGUGCCCCAAAAGCUCAGAACAUCAACAGCUGUACACAUGGCCUCCAGCUUACUGGACAUCCACAUGAGCGUUCCAGCAAUUUCCAAGACAUCACAAGCCCCUCUCCACCGCCCAGUACCAGUUUUCAUAGAAGGACAGGUGAAAGUGUGCCAGGGUGGAAUUGCUUCUGAGGUGGUAAAGAGCAUAAUGGCAGAUGCCUUGAGAAGUAUGCAGACAACGUACCUUCACCAAAUCCAUCCCAAACUGGCUCAGGUAGAUCCAGCAAAGUUAAUACAGUCAAUGCAAGAAAUGACGGUUUACAAUGGAGGUAGUCAAGACGAGCUGGCAACAUUAGAAACUUGCACACUGCUUGAUGUUUUUGAGCAUGAGUUGAAAAGCAAAGAAAAUUAUAGAGAUGCGAUACUGUACCUAUUUGAGAUGUACCCAGCUUUAGAAGAGUAUGCGAAGUGCUACCAUUUACCUUUACCAGCUGACUGGCCAGGAUUUUAUUAUCCCAAGAAACUAAUCGCACAAGGAAAAGAAAAGAGAAUUGCCACAAUCAUUCCAGAGCAGGGACAAUUUCAUGUUUACUUGAAUGCUGUGGAAGACGUUGUUUUGAUGUUAAAGUUCUUUUUUGAUGAAAUGUACAAAGCUGUUUUUGGUGGAAUUCUUGCAAAGAAACCUAAACCCUACCGCUCCACAUUAUGUGUCACAGCAGCUUUUCUUGGAUGGAGCCUUGUACGUGACAAAAUACUGCCAAAAUUUGGCUCAUGCAAGUCUCAUGAGUUUGUUUCAGUCCUUUAUCUUCUUUACCAUGUUGUGCCAAUUGUGUUUUUCCAAUACCAAGCAUUCCGGAGUGGUGAUCUAAACGACUUUGAGAACUUAAUGAUCCAACUGUCCAUAAUAUUCAUCUCAUGGCAGCGCAGACACUAUAACAAAUCAACCCUCUCUUUUCUCAGUGACAUGGCAUAUCAGGAAACAUUCCAUCCAGCUUACUAUCAAGUGAAACAGAAAUGGCUUUCUAUCAUCACCGAGAAAAAAGUAGAAAUUUUUCACUCUUUAUUGAGAAAAGACACAAGAAAUUGGAGUACAGGACCAGAAAUCCAAAACACUGCUAGAACAAUAGGAUCAUCUGGAUUUCUUGCAUAUUUCAAGGAAUGGUUCGUUCCAACAUAUCAACGAGACACCAGUGAAGCAAACUACUGGAAAAUAGCUGGGAAGACAGCAGAAUAUUUGUUGGAAUUAUUUAAGAAAAUAGCUACAAACAUGGACAAAGCUAGCGAAGUAUAUACGCGUUGUUUACAGUUUAUUGUUUUUUGGCCCCAUGUUCAAUUCACAUCCUCCACUAAAUGAUACACCUAACAAAUUGUAAGCCUUUUGUUUUUGUUUUUUAAUAGGUUCCUCGUGCAACGUCCAAAAAUGGUAAACCAAAAGGGAGGCAGACAUUUGAACUCCCAUCUUUUGGUGCAAAUGUGGAUGUAUGUAGCUUUCCGUUAUCAUAUCAAAACGAACAAUUUGGUCAGGUGCAGCCUGAUAUAGAGGCUUUAUGUGACCUACCAUCACGUCGUUCCUCUUCUAGAAGACCCAUUAGAAGAUUGGCAUGUUUUCACACCUUCCACGAGGCAUGUGCAUCGGCAACUGGACCAUGUCC